GACUGGCGUGUUUAUAUCGGCGGUCGUCCCUCGUCUCGUCCUUUGGACGUCAGUGUUUUUUCUCUCUUAUUUCCCGCCCACGGCGAUUUAGCGUCGUUGGGCGUCGCUCACGCCCUCGCGCGGACGUCUUCAAUCCUUCGCGGUGCUAAAACCGCCCGUUUCGCCCUCCUGGAAGGCGCGGGCGAGCCCUGAAGGAGGCCAAAUGGUAGACUGUCGUGAUGUCACCCUCACAAAGGACGUCCUCCUUACGAGUCGAGACCUGGGGAUGCUCUGGUAUGGGGUGACGGGGGUAUCCUUCAAUCCGGCUGAUCCAGCAGAAGUUAUGCUGAAUACUGGGACAGCAGCCCCUCUUCUUUCAGAUCAUCCGCGUCCUCUCGUACCUACGCCAGUGUCGUAUAGCGAGUCGACGGCUACCCAACACACGCCAAUGCUGUAUGACCCAAACACGGGCGAUUACGUUUCUCAGCCGGAGUAUAUGUACGAGUCAUACGAUGGGUACGAUGAAGAUUCCUCAGGUAGUCAGGUCAUCCAGCAACAGGGUACUCCUACGACUGAUGCCGCAGUCAUGCAGGCUGCCGAUGAAUCCCCACCGGCAUUGCCAAAAUCCAAGAAACCUAAGGUACAUCACCACCCAGCGCUGAAGUUGAAGACCCCCAUCGCCUAUCAGAAGGACACUGACCUUGACGCAAUUCCAAUCAUGCGUGAAGGAAUGGCCGUUUGUGAAAAAUGUGGUGCCAUAGGAGUAAAACACGCUUUUUAUGGCAAGGAACGCAAAUUCUGCAGCCUCGCUUGUGCCCGUGGACCUCUCCCGCCUUCCCAACAUGUGGUGGAGAGCCAAGGAGUGAAAGACGAAGCGAGUGAGGAGCCUGAACCGAAAGUUAUUCCUGUGGAAAAGGUCGUCAGUAAACCUGCUUCCACGACGCUAAUCGUAAAGCCUGCCUCACCUUUGAUUCCAUCCCCAUCCAAACCCAGUCCGGCUGUGCUGCAACCACAGCCUGUUGUUCCGCAGGAGGAGACAGUGUCUCCUUCGUAUCUGCCCCCAGCGGAAUCCACUGUGGACCUGGAGGGAAGCUUCCAGUGGUGUGAGUCUUACUUGAAGGAUCCCAACUUCAUGGCUGUACCUGUCAGCUGCUUUAAGCAUGCCCCCAUGUCGGAGUGCUGGGAGCAGAUGAGCCCAGGGAUGAAGGUUGAGGUUGCCUGUGGGGAAGAAGCUGUCACGAAAGAUGCAUUUUGGGUAGCUACUGUCAUAUCAAUUGCAGGUUACAAAGCAAAGCUAAGGUUUGAGGGCUUUGUCGAAGAUCACUCCAAGGACUUCUUUGUCGACCUGUGUUCAGAGGAGGUCCACCCUGUCGGCUGGUGCGCCACACAGGGCAGGCCAUUGAUACCCCCUCGUACCAUCCAACAUAAAUACAGAGACUGGAAGGAAUUUCUGAUGAAGAGACUGACUGGUGCCAGGACACUCCCGACUAAUUUUAUGUCCCGUGUCGUGGAAAGUCAGAAGUCUCGCUUCAGACCUGGUGGCCCUGAAUGUGGUAUCCGCGAAGUCCUAACGAUGCCAAAUGAUGCCCCUCCUGAGUUGUUUGUGUCCCCUCCUACGCCUAGUUUCGUUCGUAAUUCCAAACUCGCUUUCUCCAAUGGAAUGAAGUUAGAAGCCAUAGACCCCUUGAAUUUAUCUGCAAUAUGUGUUGCUACUGUAAUGAAGGUCUUAUACAACAAUUACCUCAUGAUAAGAAUAGACAGUUAUGAGUCGGACAAUACAUGUUCAGAUUGGUUCUGUUACCAUGCAACGUCUCCCUGUAUAUUCCCCGCCGGAUACUGCGAGAUGAAUCUAAUCAACUUGACACCUCCAAGAGGCUACGAAGGCCAGUUCUCCUGGUACAACUACCUUACUAAAACGCAAGCAAGAGCUGCACCCCCUGCCCUUUUCAACAGAGACGUCACAAACCCCGGGUUUGAGGAAGGCAUGGCGCUGGAAUCGGCUGACUUGAUGGAUCCGAGACUAGUUUGUGUGGCAACAGUGAAGCAGGUGAAAGGGAGAUUAUUGAAGGUCCAUUUUGAUGGCUGGGAGAGCGACUUCGACCAGUGGAUUGACUGCCAGUCGCCUGACAUCUACCCUGUUGGGUGGUGUGAUAUGUCUGGGUACAGACUGGAAGGACCAAAAUCUGAAGUCUUAACACCACUUGCUCCAAAGAGAAAGGUCAAAGGAGCCGGAAAAUUUGGGAAAACGGGGAAAAGAGGACGUCCCGCUCUUAAGAAAGUGGGGAGAGGGAUCGGAGUUCCUGUCACGACGCCCACGUCAGCGCCGGCUGUAAGCCAUAAGCGAAGGGGGAGACCACCCAAAGAUAGAAAUCUGUAUGGAACAGAAGGCUUUACUGAACCUUCCAUGCAGCACCAAACUAGAACUGAAAUGUCGGAGUCUGUCGACGAGAAUUCCGACGUUGGUAGAGGACGUCGUGGUUUUAAUAAAAGAGAUGCUAGACGGUCGCCCGUAGCUCAACCACUGCAUCGAGUAUUGCGAAGACACUUCCUGUCAGAACGACUAGAGCCAAGACCUUACCAGCCCAAGACAGCCUGUCCGAUGAGGACGAAGGAUCAGAUGAAACCUCUUCUGGGGUUGCAUCCCUGGAUGGCAAUGAAAGCUCGCGAGAGCCUUGGGAUCUUGAUGCAGACUCCUCCAACCCCCCAACUACUGCCAGUCUGCCGUCGCUUCCUCAGCUUCCUAACCAAGAAGUCCCUGCAUAGUGAGUUAGAGUCCUCGUGUUUAGGAGAUAUCAAGGUCCAAGAAUUUACCGAUUUAGAGAUUCAGUCAACGCUGCUGAAUGAUCACAGAAUAGGAGAAUCGCCGUCGCUCACAGAGUUAGAAGAGGACGUCAUUAAAAACGAGGAUGAAGAUUUGCUGGGUGGUUCGUACGUCGAAAGUGACCUCCCGUUGGCCAAUGAAAAGUGUGAUAUCAGUGUAGAGCCUAGUAAAAGCAAGACUUUGCCAGGAACGUCCAACCCUCCGGCGGCGGCUGCGGCGGCAGCAGCGGCAGUUGCGCAGUCACCGGCUGUGAAGAAUGGCAUGUUCCAGCAAGCAAUAAGUACCUCACAGUCUCCUGUCGUGUCAUCCACAGCUGUCUCCAGUACAAAUAAUACCCUUCAUGAACAGUCUCAGAGUGUGUUGUAUAUUCCUAGAUUAAUCGAUGGUUCAGUGAAAGACGGAUCAAAGGUGCAACCGAAACUGUGGAGUCCACAUGAUGUGGCAGAGUUUUUGAGGACCAAUGACUGUGGUGCUUAUUGCGACAACUUUAUCAUGCAAAACAUUGCAGGGUCGAAGUUACUAACUCUAACCCAAAAUGAAAUAAUGAAGCUUACUACGAUGAAAGUUGGCCCAUCCCUCAAGAUUCACGACUUAGUUCAACAGCUACUAGCCCUCGUCAACCCGGCGCAGGCGCGCUAUCAAGCGACGUUAAUGAAGAGGGGACUCUCCUUCACGUGAAAUUUAAAAAAGUAUCUCUAAUGAAUAUUCUUUUUAAUCGGAGGAGGGUUAGUAUGUGUCACGAGUGCUCGCAAGGGAAGGAGAUGUCUACUACUACUACUACUAGAGUACAUUGUGGUCCUUAUCAUUAUGUAGACUUGUAAGUAACUAAUAAUAGAUAACCUUGUCAAGGUGUACGAGCCUCUUAGCACCUUUACGGCUGUCAGUGCUAAAGUGCCGCCUCUGAGUUGAAAUUUCUCCAAAGGAUUCGAGAUUUGAGACAUAUUUUGGUACCGCUGAUGUAUAGGUUUUGUUAUGGUAAAUGUAUCUAGCUACCGCUGAAUUCAUUGUGCUCCUGUCACCAUAGCAUUCACAUAGCUAGUAAUUUUGUACAUAAAAUUUUUAUUUAUUGCAACAAAUAUGAUCGGCCUUAAUCAUUGAUCCUUUUUUUAUACCUCAUCUUUGUGCAGUUGUAUAAUUUGUAUAUAGUAUGAGAAUACACAAGCCAGAGGUGACGCAGUUAUCUUCCCACCUUAUUAGAGUAGUUGAAUAAGGUAAGGUUGAUGAUCAUUGUAGAGGUUCCUUGGCCAUUUCUUCUGCAAGGAAUGCCCCCAUGUGUAUAGAAGCAUCUUGCUGGUGGGUAAUUGAAGUGUUUCAUGAAAAGUCAUAAUAGGUAUUAGUUGACUGCAUCUGAUUGCAGUCGUUCAUUUUGUUAAACAGUUUGUGAUAGAUUGUAAUGUGACUUAGAUAACUUUGGGAGCCUGUGCCACUGAGAGGGAGAGAGAGAGAGAGCGUUUGGGGCUGAAACUGUUAAAAAAACAAUGUCAGGCAGGUUUCACAUUACAGGUAAUGUGUGUGUAUUUAUAUGUAUGUGUAGGAGGUUAAUUUCAUUACUAUCAUUAUAAUUUUAGAUUGCUGCUAUUUCAAGACCUGUGUAACGUAACUUCAGAUUUGCCUGGGGUACUAUAGCAAAAUUUUGCUAUUCUUACACUCAUUAUGAUUUGGAAAUACAACUCGGGGUAAUGGGGACAGUUACGGAACUUUACGGAGUGUGCCAAGAAUGGAACUAUUAAAAGGAGUUGGAGUUUGUUGGACAGACAUUGGUACUCCCAUGUAAAGUAAUUGUAUGCAAGUAAUUCUUAGCAACUAUGCAUAGGACUAAAUUAAAUAUAUAUUAUAUAUAUAUAUAUAGAAAUAUAUAUAUUGAUAUUUUUCUUUGCCAUAUACUGUCUUAAGUAGUGAUAGAAGUAUGAAGCAGUAUUACGAACGUACCAAAAAUGAAAGACAGUAGCAUAUGCAAGCUUUGUCUGUUCAGAUGCUGUGUGAGUGGGGAUGGCGACCCAGUGAACAUUGCAGAAUGUUGUUGAAUUAAGUAAUACAGCUGUUGAUAUGAAGUAGGGUUCUAUUAAUGUCAUAUAAAGGUGCAUUUUAUGUGGUAACAGUAUCCUAAAUUGAUAAUUUCUGGCUAUAUAGUGCGCAGGGACAAUAUUAAUCAUUACAGCUUUGGAUAUCCAAGAAGGAACAUCAGAACAUCAGACUUCUUUUAUGAACUCAUUUGCUCAGUGCUCAAGCCUCAUUGAUAUUGGUUUUGCGUCCUGUGGAUACAGACAUGGAAUAUUUUUGUUGAAUUUUUCCAGUGUGAUGAAACUCCUAAAGAGAAUGUAGUGCUGAUGCAUCUUUUACAGGGCUAUACACAUCAAGCUGGUUUGUUUUGUAGAACAAACAUGCAGUUGGAAAUGAUUACUGUGUGCAAGUCCAAAUUGUGCAGCAGGUCACCUGAGAUGUUCGAGUGAUGCAUCUUGUAGUGGGAUAAUUUAAGAAAUGAUUUUCUUUCUUGAUUGGUCAAAUCAUUUUUAUUUGCAUUUAUGAAAUUUUAGAAAUAAGUCCCAGAGUAUCCAUAUCUUUAUUUUGUGUUACUGAGUUAAACAAAGUUGAAAAACCUUGUAAAGUUGCAGUGGUUGUAUAUACAACUGUUUAUAUACUACUGGUUAUUCAUACCAGCAUCCUUUAUUAUAUUUUUUAUUUCUGUUAGUGAUUGUUCCUUUGCGUAUCCAUGGCAAUUGGGAGAUGUGUGGAUUUUUGUUUCCAAUUAGGUUUUUUAUGUUACAUAAAUUCAUUACAUUGCUUUACAUGUGCUUUUAUUUCUAGAGAGUAGGUUAUAAUCUCAAACAAGCGCUUUGUUUAUAUACUGCUUUGUAAUGACAAGUUUUUUGCCGAAACAUUCACUGAACAUCUUAAGACAUUCAAGUCCUCUGUCUUUCUGUCACAUUAUUUUACCAUUCCAUUCAUAUGAUCAGUGAAAAGAGCAUUGCUAUUAGAGACAAACCAAGAUUUUUCACGAGUCUUAUUGUCAGUAGUAUAUACUAUUAUGUAGCUCACUCAUUCAAGGUAUUCGUAUUACCUUUCUUCAGUCUUGCUAUCAAGCUAUCAACCCUCUCCUAACAAUUAUUUCAUAGUGCUACUGACUGCAAGGUUUUUCCUCCUGUCGCACCUUUCAAACCUUUGGCCAAGCACUUAUUAUAAUUUCAAUUCACUGGUUGCUAGAGUGCUAUUAUCAACAAACAGGCAGUCGUAUAGGCACAUGAACAGCUGGCUGAAUAAGAAAAACAAAAAGCUCUUCAAACUUCUCUCUUUUUUUUCUUAUCAAGUUAUUGCCUUGAAAAUUUGUGGUUUGUAAUUAUUAGCCCGAUCUCUUUAUCAGAGCAUCUUGUUCCUUCAUCACCGAGAGGAAUUUCCUGUGAGAUUUCUCUCCAGAACUUACAUUUUGAGGGUUUAGCAUCUUAAGAGACCCUUACAAUGCUUCAGAAGUUUUGUUUGGGGCCUUUGCCUUUUGAGUGCUUUCUCUAGUAUUUACUGCAAAACAGUAAGAAUGAGAAGUUACAUGGUUUUUAUUUUUAUAUAAUUCCUUAAAGUAAAGGGUUAACCAAAGACCACUGAAGUAUUUUGUGCGGCAGGAAAAAUAUUAAAAAUCAGGGUGGGGACGCACGGGAAGUUCUGCUGCGUAACCUCAGUUCUAGGGAGAUGCCACCAGAAAGGUGUUAGCUAGUAGGAUUCAACACCAGAGGUGGAGGUGCAACUUAAAUUUGUGUGUGUGUAAAACUUUAAAAAAAAAAAUGCAUUCAUUCAGUAUUUCUAAGCAUUCAAGUCAUAAAUGCAGCGCCUCAGCGGCGUGGUUGGUAUGAUAUUGAUGUCCCACCUCGGUGGUCGCGGGUUCGAUUCUCGGCCAUUCCACUGAGGAGUGAGAGAUGUGUAUUUAUGGUGAUAGAAGUUCACUCUCGACGUGGUUCGGAAGUCACGUAAAGCCGUUGGUCCCGUUGCUGAAUAACCACUGGUUCCAUGCAAUGUAAAAGCACCUGCAAACAACCAAAAACAAACAAGUCAUAAAUGCAGAAUAUGAUUUUGAAAUUGUUUAGACAGAAUAGUGUUAUUAUGAAGUAGUGUAUAUAAUUGUCCAAGAAGUAUUUUAUUCUCCAGAAUUGAUAAAAGCACAUGUGAGAUAAAAGUUUGUAUGUAAAAAAUCAAUGUUUGAAAAGUUUAGUUUUUAAUACAUUUUCCUUUGAACGUACUGACCACGAAAUGCAUUUAAUUUAUGGUUGACUUUUAGGUUAUUAUGCAGUGCUACCCCACUUUUCCACGCUUCACUUUGUUGCAGAUAUUUGUGGAAUAUAUUUUUCACGUUUCCGCAGGAACUCUCCAAUUCGCAAAUUUUUCUAUGGGCCGUAUGUAAAAUUAUCAAUAAUUCACUUAUUGUUUCAUAAUAGGUAGUGAACUGUUAAACUAGACAGUUAUAAGUAUUAUAGUUUAAGGGGUAGUUCAUGGUAUUUGGUAGUUGAAAGUAUUUUAGAGAGGUUUUCCAUUUUCCUGCAAAAAAAGUGGGGUAGCGCUGUAAAUUGAACCUAACAAGAUGGCCGAAAGGUAGACACUUCCGAACUUCGCUUUCAUAAGACUUACACUUUAUAGUUCUAUUUUCUUUAUAGAGUUCAUUCAUUUUUUCCCCCAUGUUAGUUUUAAAGCACUGCAUCAAAAGUAUUAUUACUAAAAUUUUCAAGUUGUGUAGAUUGAUUGUCCCUUAGUUUAAUGGCGUCUCGGAGCUUUUUCGUUUCGAAGGAAAGGUUUACAUGCACAAAAAGUGUUGCGUUGUUUGGUGGAGUGGUACAUGUAAAGGAUUUCUAUAGGCCCAGGUGUUUUGGCCCUUCAUCCGUUCUAAAUCAAUGAAGAUAGGCCUCAUUUUUAUUUGUAAGUUAACCCACAGGGUGUGGUGGGGGAGGGAAGGCAGUUUCAAACAUUGGCAUUAGUAGCCACUUGCCUUUUCCUGGAUUUGGUGGCAUACUAGACACAGGUACGUGUUGGGUGCAUCCCCAUUUCAGCGUGGUAUAUUCAGGGAUAUUGUUUCACUGAUUAUAUAUGUGUAUUUUAUUUUAUUUUUGAAGGUAGAGCACCAGAUUUAAAAUUAUUUUAACUUUUCCACGCUCCAACAACUGAGCUAGUCACCCCCAAGUUGCUAAGCCACCAAAAUGUGUGUGCAAACUGUUGGGCCCUGUUAGGUUGUUUCACCAACAGUAUCCAUUCGCAAAAGUCAAAUAGUGCAGUUGCAUUUAAAAGAACAUUUCUGAUUUCAUCCAGUCAUACUGUAGGUAUUAUCAUAUUAUUUGGUCUUAAGAUAUGAACUGUGCAAUCAUUUGCAUCGCCACUGGUAAUAUUUACAUUCUGAGAAUCAUCAGCACUUGCAUUUUACAGAUGCCAUCAUAGUUGGGUUCCCAAAUAACCGAUUUUUCAAUGGGUAAUACUGUUGGGAAGUUGGGGGCAAAAUUAGCCCACAGAAAUGACCAUCAGGGAGGCCUCACAUUUGCACAUAUGACCCCGGGGGUGAAUUGAUUUAUUUGAGGCAAGCCAUGUUGUGGUCAUUAUUGGUUUUAGCACAGCUUUCUUAAUUUUGGAAAAUACCCUGGAUUAUACCAAGCAUUAAGAUCGUUUUUGUCAGUGGUCUCGGGGCAAGUUAGUAAUGUUUUUAUUGAAUAUGAUGUAAGGUGACAUUUGAUGAGAAUCUCAUUGUUUGUAGUUGUAGGUGUUAAUGUAUGAGAGAACUAAUCCAUUAAAGAAAAUCAAAUUCCCUUUCGACUAACAUUAGCUCCAUAUUACAUACAAUGUGACUUACAUGGAACAUUUAGAACAAUAUCAGCUUUGACUGCAUAUAAGACUAAACUUUUCCUUGCCUGGUUACUGCCUUAUGCUUUUUUAUGCUUGGUAUACUCCAGCAGGAACAGUCACAUUUCGCAUCAUUAUUAGUUAUUUGAACUUAUUUUUGGUCAUAUAAAGGUAAUUAUGAAGCACAACGCAAAAAAUCAAGGUUAAAGUUGGAUAGGUCUGGUAUACUUGAAAAGUUUGAUUGAUGUUAGUAUACAUCCUUAAAGGAGUCUGAUAUUUUAUGUAGUCUUGGUGUUUCGCCCACUAGUCUGCACAGUUCUGGGGACACCUGUUCGUUGGUGAUUUUAGUUUCUCGUUGCAUCAAGUGCUUCAUCAAUCACGGCUUGUUUAUAGGCGAGAUUUUCUUAGUUCUUUUUGUCCCAGUACGUUAGCCUGUUAUGAAUUUGAAAUUGAGGUCUGCGUUCAUAACGUUAUCGUAGGUAGUUACGUUUCGUUAUUUUCCAUGUAAAACUUUAUUUGCAAUUAUCAUCUCAACAUUUGUUUUGUUCAUGAAUGACAUGUGAGAUUGUGUGAGGAGAAUGCUCUGCAAUAUUUGUAAAGUUUUCAUAUACCGGUGAGUAUAUAUUAUUUUUGUUUAUCAUAUGUUUGUACAUUUUUUGUAAAUGUCAGUGAUCUGUAAAUAUGGUUGAGUGACUUGUACAUUUACUUACACUUUCAUUCUUUAAUUAAAUGCAUGUUUCUUUUAGCUCAUGUAGAGAAUAAGAUGUAAUUUUGCUUUUUUACAUUUUCACAGUCAGUAUAAGACUUCAGAGUGAAAUGUAGAUAACUGUACCAUUUUUCAUAUAUUGAUCUUCAUCAUCACCCUCAUUGUGGUUCGAGUCAAACUGCAUCGUGUUUGCAGAGUGGCUUAAAAUGUUCUCAAUCAAAGUGCACCUUGGUACUGUCUACCAGUAUUUGACAUAGCAGUUGAAGCGCAGUGUUCUGGUUGUCGUGAAUCUGGCCGUUACUUCUGGUAACACGUUGGAUUUUAGAUCUUUUUCCGUGGUAAGAUGACAUGUUUUCUAGUCUCGGGUGUUUUUUUGUGUAUGUAAACCUUCAGGAAUAUAUCUAUUCAAGAAGAUAAAUUGAUUGAAUUCCUGGUAACGCUUCCUGCCAUUGUGUACUAAUACUUGUUCUUUUUCUCUGAUGUAUAGUUCAUUAUGAAUCAAAAUUUUAUGUCUUAUUUUCUCAAAAUAAAGAUAUCUUUGUUUCAAGUUCAUUUUUCAUGGUUAUGUGAAGGCCAUUAGUUGUUUUAAGUGAAAGCUUAGAUAUUGCUCCUUAUUUUUAUUUUUAUUCAGCUCUAUAAGCAAAGUUUUCUGGUUGAACUACUUUGAUCAUAAUUCUAGGAUUAUAAUUUUAAUGGUCCAGCUGAUCUUCUUAAGCUUUUCUUGUUUACUAAAAUGCUUCUGUGUUUUUAUAUUCCACCUUUAUUUUGUUAUCUUCAGUCCAAAGCUCCCAUUCCAUUUCAUUUGCAGCCCACUGUUCCCCUGUUGUUGAUCAUUUGGCACCAAAGUUGUAUACAGUUAUCAUGAGCAGUUGUCUUGGAGGAAGUAUUCUUAAGCAUUAGGUAGCGAUAGACCAUCUAGACCACUUGUGAGUUUGUGUUCCUGGCUUCUGGCGUCGUUAAUGACCCCUUGCCUAGUGUAUGCAGUUGUUAAGUUACAAUCGAUUGAAUCCCGUAUAAGGCCGUCAAGUUGCAACCCAAUGCCUCUGUACUUGGCUGUUAAGUUAUAGCAUUGUCUCGUGUAUGUGACCGUCACGCUCCAUUGCCUCUGUUCUUGGUCAUUAAGUUACAGUCCAUUGCCCAUGUACAUGGUCAUUCAGUUGUGACUCGGUGCAUUGUGUACACGGUUGCUUAGUUAUGACCUUGGUUAUUAUAAAUCAUUUUAGCGUUGCUUGUAAAAAUUUUAUUUGGAAAAGGUAAUACUAACAAUCAUUCAAGCAAAAACUAAAUAAAAGCAGGAAUUGCAUAGAACAGAAGAUAUAAGGACACAUGAGAAGGAGUAUAAUAUUUAUUUUAGAUUCAAGUGAAGCAUGAAAAAGGCAGCAAGGUUCAAAGCUGUCAUUACAAGGCGUGGCUCUUUACUCUACUUUGUGCCCAACAAUAAAUGGAAACUCUUAAAGAAGGAUGAACCUUCGUUAUUGAAACUCGUAAAGAAGAAUGAACCUGUAUACCCUUAAGCAUUGAGAAAAAUGCACAAAUGCUUUUGGGUGAUUAUAAUGUUGAAUGGAGUCAAGAAUGUUUUUGAAAUUUUAUGCCACUUAGGAUAAAUGCUCCUUUCUCUUAAGCCUAGAGCACACUGUUCUUACAGAAUUUUAUUGAGUAGAAGUGAAUGUAAAAAUUAGUAGAGGGGAAAAGAAGAUAGCAUAGAAGAAAUAAGCAGUAUAUCACAAUAAGUAACAGGAACAACAAAAAUCAUGAAGCCUGCAGACCUGGAAGUGGUUGGAAAGCUUUUGAAAGAGCACUCUACUUUCCUCGUCACAUGCAGUAAAAAAAAAAAAGCGCCUCAGUGACAUGGUUGGUUUGGUGUUUGCUUCUCACCUCGGUGGUCACAGGUUCGAUUCUAGGCCAUUCCAUUGAGGAGUGAGAGAUGUGUAUUUUUGCUGAUAGAAGUUCACUCUCGACGUGGUUCGGAAGUCACGUAAAGCUGUUGGUCCCGUUGCUGAAUAACCUCUGGUUCCAUGCAACGUAAAAACACCAUACAAACAAACAUGCAGUCAAAAUAUCAUUGGUUUCAUUUGAAAUACAGAAGACUAUUUUUGUACAUUCAGAUUAGAAUAAAAAAUAAAAAAAACAGUUAAAAUAGAGAGUUCAAAAUUACUCGGGGUGAGCUCAUAGGUUGGACUUUAGACGAUGUGUUAUUCUGUCACCAGUGAAACAAAGGAUUAAUAGGUCUCUUAUUAUACCUAGUAAAACACUGGAAGUAUGAACUUAAGAUUUCUCACAAAAUGGGAAAUAGUAAAAACAAGACGUAUUUCUCCCUGUUUCAGUUGGUCGCACUGUGACUCAAUCCACUUACAGGCAAUGUAGGUCCACUGAAAGUUUUAACAUUAUGGGAUGGGCCAAACUUUAUCCUGCAGCAAAUGGUGUUAGUUUUGAAAAUACUGAUAAGGCGCUAUUUGAAUGGCUUCUGCUAACAAUGAAGAGUAAAAGUUAGGAAUGAUUGUCAUUAAGUUUCAUUUACUGUACUUAUAAAUUCCAAGACAAGGUACUGGGUUAAAGUUGUGUAUUCCUGGUUUUGUUUCAGGAAAUCUGAUGUAUUUAGUUAAGACUGGAAUCUGCUUGGAGUUCUCAGAACUUAAUGUCUGCUUUAAAAAUUGACAAGUGGGUUUGUGUUUGCUUGUACGAUUGUCCAGAGGUAUUCGCUCUUGAACACUUGUAUAGACUCAAGCACUGUAUUUAGCUUUGUGGAAAAAUUGCAGUGAAUUUCAAGACACUUAUUUUGUGGGAAAACUUUUUUGUUGUCACAGCUAACAAAUAGACUUGAGAAUAGGGAUAUAUAUUCGUUGAAAUAAAUAGGCUAAUGCAUUGUGACUAUAAAAUUAUCGUUGAUCAACAGUAUUAUUAAAGUUAUUUAACCAGGUUACAUGAAAAAUGAGAGGCAGAUGGAAAAUCAGAUUGGUCCAAGUACCUUCAGAUAUUUGUUGUGCUAAGCACACUUUGGACUUUAUUUUCAUGUGAUGGCCAAAUCACUAUAAUUAAUUGUCAUGCUUAUGACCAAGUGACGACUGAAGGAGCGAUAACUGUAGAUGUAAUGACGGGAGACAAGCAAGUGAACAUGAUAACCAAAGCUGAAAGGACUCUCCUGAAAGAUCUAUCAAGUUAGGAAUCUCAGGUUCAUAUGUCGUUGAAGUGCGGUGAAUUAGUCUUCUGUUGCUUGUACAUACAAUAUACACCAGUUAGCAUAAAUUGGUAUGAAACACAGCGUGGGUAUUCUUUGUCAGCUGAUCUAGAAUUCACUAGGAUGUGAGAUCGUUUAUUAGACUUUUGAAUACGUCCACUUUUUGUUGAAACGUACACACUAUUUAUCAGCUGUGUUUUAGGGCAACAAGGCAGGUUUGAGUACUGAAUGUGAUUGGCUGAUGAAGUGCUUGUACAAAUGUGCUGGUAUUAAUAUUUUUAGAAUCCUGUAAUACACCAUCAGUGUAGUAGUCUCAUAUUUUUUUUUCCAGUCCUUGAUUAUCUGUGUAUUUAAAAUCCUUUCUGUGAAAAGGAUUCGGUAGUUCCUUUUGAAAAGUCUUGUUGGAGGGCCUUAGGAUUGUGGUUUCAUUUUUGUUUUGUUCUGUGUGUACAGAAGUUGACCUUCAUACCUGACAGACCCAAAAUGGAAGCAGUGGGUUGAGAAUGAUUUUUGUUUGCAUGUCAUCAUACAUAAAUAGAAUUCUCUCUCUCUCUCUCUCUCUCUCUCUCUCUCUCUCUCUCUCUCUCUCUCUCUCUCUCUCUCUCUCUCUCUCUCUGUUCCCCUUUUCAAGAACUUAUCAAUAUUGCUUUGUUUUAUAGAUUUAUAAUAAUAGUGAUUUUUGUUUUUGUGUAGAACUGCUUUAUAUUAUAAUAUAAUAGGUGUUUACAUGCAAGAGAGAGGGCAUUCUUCUGUUAUGGUCAUAUAAGAUUGAAGUCUGGUACCCAUAUGUUUUGUAAUGCAAUGAUUACAAGGAAACUCUUGUUGCCAUUCUAGUUUUGGGGUCGUUCAGUUGUUAUGUAUUGGAAUUGAGAAGCUUGUUAUCCAUGUUUUGUGAGCACUGCAAUGGCUGUAAACGAUUUCUCUCUUCAUUUUCAUUUAUUGUCUCUACCUUGAUGUGUUCUGAGCAGUUUGUUGUCUUUAAAAGUGCCUUUUUAACAAAGGUGUUUAGAAAAAUGAGUACUAUCUCCUCUGGGCUUACUUUUAAGUAGUCUUUUUAAUUGUUUUUUAUGAAUGGAAUUUUAUUUAUUUAUUAUUUCUAUUUCUUGAAAUGAUGUUAAUUCAUUGUGUUUAUUGAACUGCUAACUGCCAUAGACUAAAAUGUAAUGUAAACACUCGCACUUGACGUGUUUGCAAACCUACAGUUGCAUGCGUACAUUAUUGUACAACAAAAUCAUUUAUACAGUAAAACUGGAAUAAUAAACAUACA